AGAUUUUCGAGGCGGUAACGCAUAAUUUCAAACACAACUGUCACUUCGAUAAACUGCUGAUCAAAGCAUAAAAAUUGUAAACGAACGCCAAGCCAAAUUCAGGAAAUUUCAAGAAAGACGCGGCACUUGGUCAUCCGAAUAGUUUUCCCUCUUGUUGCUUAGCAGAACUCUUCCGGCGAACGUAAAACACAACAUUCCCGCACAAUGUCAAGCACAUCGCAAAAGCACAGGAACUUUGUGGCCGAACCCAUGGGGGACAAACCCGUGACGGAUUUGGCCGGCGUCGGGGACGUACUCGGAAAGCGACUGGAUGCCGCCGGUUUUGACAAGGCUUACACGGUUCUGGGCCAGUAUUUGCUGCUGAAAAAGGACGCCGAGCUGUUCAAGGAAUGGAUGAAGGACACCUGUGGGGCCAACUCCAAACAGGCCGCCGAUUGUUACCAGUGCUUAAACGAUUGGUGCGAGGAGUUCCUGUAAACGGACCCGGAAUCGUCCACCCGGAGCAUUUUGUUUUCUCUAUUUUCGUGUGUGUGCGCGUUCCGCUUUUACUACCAAACAUUCGAAGCUUCUUUGUGUUAUACUCGGAUAGAGAUCUUAUAAAUAUGAUUAACGGAGAAAUAAUAACAGCAUCUAAACUGGUGUGGUAUUAUUUGUUACUUUAUUAAAUACUAAUGACAUGAA